GGGUUAUCGUGAUAUAAUAAUUGAUACCCAAAACUGAUUCAAUGCAAACACUCUCUCGUAGUCGCCCAGGUAUAAUCGCCGAAGAUAAGAUCUAAGAAUUCUAUUCUAGCAACGGCCUCCUCAGGAUUGAGGACGGCAUCUGGACUAGGAAGCAUGGACGCGAAUGCCCUCAUGAGAGAAUUCGACCCAUCAGUAAUCAUCGCAUCACCGACACAAGUUCGUCAAGAGGCUCAGGCAAGAUCAAGUAAUGUUUUUAGCAACUAUAUCAACCUACGCGAGAUUCUUAUGCGCCAUGAAGCAACAAUACAAAAGCGCUGGAUUAAGAAAACGAAGCAGCAGAAGCAGAAGAUUCUGUUAGAUGCUUGGCCAGACAUGGCGGUAACGCAUCGCCCAGAUUUUGAUGCUAUCUGGCGAACCGGCAAUUCUCAUGGAGGCAAAUCUGGGGGAAAGUUCAGGGACUACUGUUUAUUGCCGCAAAUCAAUCAGGAAGAUCUUCUGAAACCGAAAACCCUCCUCUUACUGCUGAACGCGCGAGGGCGUAAUUCGCCGCCAGAAUUUGCCAGCGCCGACAUUGAAGCAAUGCACCUAGGUAUAGUCACGAAGAGUAUAAGGCCUAUAUUCCUAAACGAGCAUACUAUGGCCCUUAAUGGCGCUCACAAUGCUAGUGAAUACGGCAAGCUCUGGGAGUGGGACGAGCACCCCGACGCCUUCGACUGGAUGCAUACCCAAAAGCAAUUCCACCCCGGUGAGGGAUUGCUCGUUCUCGAGGCUCAGGAGAAGCUUAUGAGAUUUCUGGUUACUUGCUGCCAGUAUAUACUGCACGAUAUUCCAGCCGAUAACCUCAUAGCAGAUACCUUUCCCGUUCAACCUGAACCACAUUUGAAGACAGGAAAGGAAACGAACGGAUUUGAUUCUUUGGCCGUGAUGGCAGCAGAGGCGCCUUACCGACUACCUGCCAGGCUAGAUCUCGGCCGAAUUGAGUCAGUUCUUGGUGCCAGACUAUCUGCAGCUGAAGACCAUUUAUGGGCCAUGCGGGAAGACCCAGCAUAUUUCCUUGAGCAGCUCAUUGAGACUAAGGAACACCGGCAAGAGCUAUUAAAGGAUACUUACGGAGAUGAACACCCCGUCUUUCGGACAGCUCAUCAAAAGACGUUCUGGGCUCGCGUCUAUGGGUCAGUUGCUUUCGAGUCUUACUUACAGCUUGAGGUCUUUUCGGAGCUGUACCAACAGGCCCAAGCACUAAAGUUACUACAGAUGAAGUAUGCGGCCGUCAUAUCACCUACUGAAGACUUACCUGAGGAGUUGAUGAACGCUAUACUCAAAUUCCGUCAUUAUUUAAUCCAAACAGCUAAAGGCCCCCCAGGUGGACUUCGGGACGGCCUUGUUGCUUCUCCCCCUUGGCGUAAGUAUUUUGUCCGCCAUCCGCCACCGAACUCUACUUCGACCAAGCUUUCUGUAUACGAGAAGCCCGGCGUAAAGAUGGGCAUUCUUGAGCGCCAGCUCCUCUGGAUUCUCCGUACGCUAUGGGAGGACGGCCAUGACCUUUUUUUGGUCAGCCUGCCGCUGAUCGUCGAUGAGUUGGGAAGGCUGCUUGAAACCGAACCACGUGCGCAGGAACUAGUAUCGCAGAAGAUGACCGGCUUUAUUGGUGAUCUAGCCAUCAUUACGCAUUGCAUAAGCCAGCUCGACUUGUAUCAGCCGUGGGCAAGGACCUUUGAGACGACUUUAGUCGAUCUGUCGGACGAUAUCGAAAGUGAUUAUAAGAAGCGUACUGAACCAUGGGCCAUGAUGAUGGAAGCGCUUCGAGAUAUCAACCUCGUCCAGGUCGCCCAGAUCGGCAACCCCUCUGAUAGAAGAUUCGCCUACCCAUAUGAGAAGCGCCGGACUAAGCAGAACGUAGAGGAACUGCGGCGAGCUGAGCAACAUCUCGACCAGUUUUGGGUAGCCAUUGAUCGGAUUGUAAAUACAAAGUGUGGGAGCCUGAAGGGUACGGCUGUUCAUCGCGUUCUAUCCCAACCACGCAUGCUUCAACGUACACCAGACUGGAUUGAUCCCCCACCAUCUACAACAAAAGCGCAAAGCCGAGAACCAACCUUGGACCCAAGCAUUGCUGAUUUGUAUAAACCCCUCUCUACCAUCUAUAUCGGAGAAGUUGCCGGAGCUGCCGGCAACAAGGCUGAAGCGCUAACACCGAAGACCAAGGCCAAGACAAGAGACGCAUCUUCUAACGCCGCCACGGGGACAGCAACUGUCGUCAUAGAUGAAGACCCAAAACCUGAACCAAUUUCCAUCCCCGUCAACGCUCGCUCUCUUAAGGUAUUUCGGACACUCUUUUUUAACCCGGCUAAAAUGUCAUCGCCUGGCGAGAUCUUAUGGAACGACUUUCUAUACGCCAUGACAUCUUCGGGCUUAUUCACGGCUGAGAAGCUAUACGGCUCCGUCUGGCAGUUCCAGAAAUUAGAGGGCGAACAGAGCAGAAUCCAAUUCCACGAACCGCAUCCUCGAGGGAAGAUGCCAUUCACGAUUGCGAGGAGAUAUGGGAGGAGGCUUAAUAGGGCAUUUGGGUGGGGCGGAGAUACGUUUGUCCUCGACGAGAAAUAAGAAAGGGGUUCUUACUGCGCCCCUUUACAAGAACAAUGUGAUAUGUCAACAACGGGUGGAUACCUGUGUAGAAAGGAUCCAUAGAGACCAUUUAAGUGUAGCUUGAGAAGAGUCGCAUUGUCUGUUGCAGUGAAGAAAUGUAAUCCAGAGGUUCAGAUGUAUCUAAGUUCGUAUUUUAGGUACUGAUUGUUGGCUCCAUAGCGAUAUUUCGAAUAUGUCAAGAGUCAUAAUUUGGUUA